CAGGUUCAGUCGCUCUUGAAUUGCGUGGGAUUGCACAUCGGUCGUUCGGCUUUUUGGGUUCGGCAUUUAGAGAGAUACGAUACGAUACGAUCCCAUACGAUCCGAUCCGAUCCGAUACAAAAUCAAAUUCAAACCGCACACUCCCGAUCCGGUCGCCAUAUACACGGCGGCUCGCACCGCCAGCUAUCUAGUAGAUAAAAAGUCGCCGAGAACGCAGAACGCAUAUAGCGAAACGCCAAAAAAGUCGCGUUGUCGUAAUCCCUCAUCCGAGAUCGACUCUAUUUUCCAGAGCAAGCAACGCACUAGUGCUAAACCAUAACUGUAUAUCCUAACUAAGGAAAACUAAGUCUCGAAACUGAAAACGAAAGGCGCAAAUUUAUGCAGCCGCCAAAUAAAAACAGUAACCAAAACACAAAAUACAAAACAAAAACAGCGAAUCAAAUAGUAUAAAAAAGAAAAUAAAUGAGGAAUACAAACAGGCAAAUAGAAUAAAUCCAAUAAAUCGGCGCGCGAAACUCGCGUGUGUUAUCUAAUCUGCAAGAGAAGUACAAGAAUCGUGUAUAGAAUCGGUUCUAUACUAUAUCUAUACACCUGAUAUAUCUAUAUCCAUUGUGUGUGCGCCAGUGUGUGCGUGGCGACCUUUGUUUUUAUAUAUUUUUUGUUGUUGUUCAUACUGUGAAACGUGCUUUUUACAAGCCGGUCGUUCAAAAUACAUACUACAAAUCCAAUCAAAUCAAAUCAAAUCAUAUACACAUACAUAUCAGUAAUAACAAGAAAACACAUAAACAUGGCCAACAAGCUGAGGAAAUCGAACGCCAUCGAAUGGGCCACGGCCACCGGCACAGUGCCGCUCCUGGAAAGGAGCUGCUGCCACAGCGAGGACGCGCCACUGGAGCCCCAAGCGAACAGAACCAGCCACAGAGAACAAGCCCCCAUCCUGCGCCACCUGAGCCAACUGAGCCACCUGCUCAUCAUCGCCGGACUGCUGAUCGUCUGCUUGGCGGGCGUGACGGAGGGCCGCCGGCAUGCGCCGCUCAUGUUCGAGGAGUCCGACACGGGCAGGCGGUCCAACCGACCAGCGGUCACCGAAUGCCAGUUUGGCAAAGUAUUGCGCGAAUUGGGAUCCACCUGGUAUGCGGAUUUGGGUCCACCCUUCGGAGUUAUGUACUGCAUCAAGUGUGAAUGUGUGGCGAUACCCAAGAAGCGGCGCAUCGUUGCACGCGUCCAGUGUCGCAACAUCAAAAACGAGUGUCCGCCGGCCAAAUGCGAUGAUCCCAUCUCGCUGCCCGGAAAAUGCUGCAAGACCUGUCCCGGCGAUCGGAACGAUACGGAUGUAGCCUUGGAUGUGCCCGUGCCCAAUGAAGAGGAAGAGCGCAACAUGAAACAUUACGCUGCGUUGCUAACGGGCCGCACCUCCUAUUUCCUCAAGGGUGAGGAAAUGAAGUCCAUGUACACCACCUACAAUCCGCAGAAUGUGGUGGCCACCGCCCGUUUCCUGUUCCACAAGAAGAACCUCUACUACUCCUUCUACACCUCAUCGCGAAUCGGUCGUCCGCGUGCAAUUCAAUUCGUUGAUGAUGCGGGUGUAAUCCUGGAGGAGCAUCAACUGGAGACCACCUUGGCGGGCACUCUCAGUGUCUAUCAGAAUGCCACGGGCAAGAUCUGCGGUGUCUGGCGACGAGUUCCACGUGAUUACAAGCGCAUUCUGCGCGACGAUCGUCUCCAUGUGGUCCUCCUCUGGGGCAACAAACAGCAGGCCGAGUUGGCUCUGGCCGGAAAGGUGGCCAAAUACACGGCCCUGCAGACGGAGUUGUUCAGUUCGCUGCUGGAGGCACCGCUUCCCGAUGGCAAAACGGAUCCCCAGCUGGCCGGAGCCGGUGGCACAGCGAUCGUGUCCACCAGCAGCGGUGCCGCCUCAUCGAUGCAUCUCACCCUGGUCUUCAAUGGCGUCUUUGGUGCCGAGGAGUACGCCGAUGCCGCACUGAGUGUGAAAAUUGAGCUGGCGGAACGGAAGGAGGUGAUCUUCGAUGAGAUUCCACGUGUGCGCAAGCCAUCUGCUGAGAUCAAUGUCCUGGAGCUGUCGUCGCCCAUUUCCAUACAGAAUCUUCGACUGAUGUCGCGUGGCAAACUCCUGCUGACCGUGGAGUCCAAGAAGUACCCACAUCUGCGCAUCCAGGGACACAUCGUGACCCGAGCCAGCUGCGAGAUCUUCCAGACCCUGCUGGCGCCGCACAGUGCCGAAUCCUCGACCAAGAGCAGCGGUUUGGCGUGGGUCUACUUGAACACCGAUGGAUCCCUGGCCUACAACAUCGAAACGGAGCACGUGAACACCCGGGACAGGCCGAACAUCAGUCUGAUUGAGGAGCAGGGCAAGCGGAAGGCCAAGCUGGAGGAUCUAACGCCGAGCUUCAACUUCAACCAGGCCAUUGGUAGUGUGGAGAAGCUGGGUCCCAAGGUCCUCGAGUCGCUGUAUGCCGGCGAACUGGGCGUGAAUGUGGCCACCGAGCAUGAGACGAGCCUGAUCCGUGGCCGCCUGGUUCCACGACCAGUGGCCGAUGCUCGGGACUCGGCGGAGCCCAUUCUGCUGAAGCGACAGGAGCACUCUGAUGCACAGAAUCCACAUGCCGUCGGCAUGGCCUGGAUGUCCAUUGACAACGAGUGCAAUCUGCACUACGAGGUGACGCUCAACGGUGUGCCCGCCCAGGAUCUGCAGCUGUAUCUGGAGGAGAAGCCCAUCGAGGCGAUUGGAGCGCCCGUGACGAGGAAACUGCUCGAGGAAUUCAACGGCUCCUAUCUGGAAGGCUUCUUCCUCAGCAUGCCAUCCGCCGAACUGAUCAAGCUGGAGAUGAGCGUCUGCUAUCUGGAGGUCCACUCCAAGCACUCCAAGCAGCUCCUGCUGCGCGGCAAACUGAAGAGCACCAAGGUGCCGGGUCACUGCUUCCCCGUCUACACGGACAACAAUGUUCCCGUGCCUGGCGACCACAACGAUAACCAUUUGGUGAACGGAGAGACCAAGUGCUUCCACUCCGGACGCUUCUACAACGAAUCGGAGCAGUGGCGCAGUGCCCAGGAUUCCUGUCAGAUGUGCGCCUGUUUGCGUGGCCAAUCCAGUUGCGAGGUGAUCAAGUGUCCGGCUCUCAAGUGCAAGUCCACGGAGCAGCUGCUCCAGCGUGAGGGUGAAUGCUGUCCCAGCUGUGUGCCCAAGAAGGAGGCUGCCGACUAUUCAGCGCAAUCCUCGCCAGCCACCAAUGCCACCGAUUUGCUGCAACAGCGACGCGGCUGCCGCCUGGGCGAGCAGUUCCAUCCCGCCGGUGCCAGUUGGCAUCCAUUCCUGCCGCCCAACGGCUUCGAUACCUGCACCACCUGCAGCUGCGAUCCCCUAACCCUCGAGAUCCGCUGUCCCCGGCUCGUCUGCCCGCCGUUGCAGUGCAGCGAGAAGUUGGCCUAUCGCCCAGACAAGAAGGCAUGCUGCAAGAUCUGUCCGGAGGGCAAGCAGAGCAGUUCCAAUGGACACAAGACGGCGCCGAACAACCCCAAUGUGCUGCAGGAUCAGGCCAUGCAGCGAUCGCCGAGCCACAGUGCCGAGGAGGUCCUGGCCAACGGCGGCUGCAAGGUGGUCAACAAGGUGUACGAGAACGGCCAGGAGUGGCACCCCAUCCUCAUGUCCCACGGCGAGCAGAAGUGCAUCAAGUGCCGCUGCAAGGACUCCAAGGUGAACUGCGAUCGCAAGCGCUGCUCCCGCUCCACGUGCCAGCAGCAGACCCGCGUGACCAGCAAGCGGCGUCUGUUCGAGAAACCGGACGCAGCUGCUCCGGCCAUCGACGAGUGCUGCUCCACCCAGUGCCGGAGAUCGAGGCGCCACCACAAGAGGCAGCCGCACCACCAGCAGCGAUCCUCCAGCUGAGCGGCUCCACGUGGCGGAUGGGAUCCCAAUCCAGUAUCAGAUCCUUGGCGGCAGGGGAGCGAACCAACCACUCACUCACUCACCACCACUCAGUGCACUCGGUGUGCACCACCCAACCACACACAACACUCACACCCACAUCUACACACACACACACACAGCCACAAAAGCGAGCACAUACACAGACUUGUGCAAGGAGUUGCAUAGAUCGUUGUUGCCAUCAUGUGGCAGCAAUGAGAACUUGUAUUAUAUAUAUGAAAACGGAGGAGAAACGCAGGAGAGAAAUCUCACAAAAAAUAUAUAUCUUAUGGAGGAAAACGGAGUAAUUGAGAGAGGGAAGGAGAGAGCUAAUGAGAUCCUUGGAAAAGGACAUUAAAACCAGUGCAGUUUGCUUUAAAUUCUCCAGCGCAGAAUUUUCUAUUGAAAGCAUUUUCUGAAUUUCUUUUCGCAGCCCGCCACCCAUGAAACCCAAUCCCCUCCCCUCCCCAUCCCACAAACACCAAAAAAAAAACAAAAAAAAAACAUUAAAA